ACACACCAUUUGCAUUAUUCUUCUUUUCUUUUCAUAUCUCAUCUACAUUUAUCCAUCUUCUAUCUUCCUGUUUCUUUCUAUCUCAACUUCUCAACACAACAGACUAGUCUUGGCAGACCAGAAGACAGAAGAGAGGAGAGAGAAACACACACAAAAAGUAAGAGAGAGAAAGAGCCUGUUGUUCACUUCAAAAAGUUCAGCUGCUUCUACUUCCAGCACUCUUUCUUUGCUUUUAAGUUUUGCACAGAUAAAAAAAAUAUUUUUUUUUUGAAAGAGCAACACCCUUUUGCUUACUGAUCUUGUUCUCUUUGUCUUCCUUGCCGUCAGCGUCUGCAUCUUCAGAUAGGGAGGGGAACUUGUGUUUAUUCAGAGUACAUCUUGGUCUGUUAAGACUGUUACUAGCUGGAGAGUCCUUGAUUUAUUCUAAGGGGCAAGAGAAAAACGUCUAAAGAUGGGUUAUAUAUGUGAUUUUUGUGGAGACCAGAGAUCCAUGGUGUACUGCCGUUCUGAUGCUGCAUGCUUAUGUUUGUCUUGUGAUCGGAAUGUUCAUUCUGCUAAUGCCCUUUCCAGGCGUCAUUCACGCACCCUUUUGUGUGAGAGAUGCAAUUCACAACCUGCCUUUGUGAGGUGUGUUGAAGAGAAAAUUUCUCUGUGUCAGAAUUGUGAUUGGUUGGGUCAUGGAGUCUCUACAUCUUCGACACACAAGAGACAAGGAAUCAGUUGCUACUCUGGCUGCCCUUCAGCCGCGGAACUGUCUUCAAUAUGGUCAUUUGUCUUGGAUAUCCCUUCCAUUAGGGAGUCUACAUGUGAGCAAGAACUAGGCUUAAUGAGUAUUAAUGAGAACAGCGAGAGUGUUGGAGUUCCACCUGGAAACGGGAAUGUGUCUGUUUCAGAUCAAGUUACUGAUCUACCUGCUUUGGACAGGUCUUUCGUUGGUACAUCUUCAAUACCCGAGUCAAGCUCCGAAACCCGUAAUCUGGACCAGCUACCUGGACCUGCCAAUGAAUGUCUGCCAAAGUUGUACUGUCCUGCUACAAAAUGCCCUGCAUUAUGUGAAGAUGACAAUCUAUAUGAUGAUUUUGACAUGGAUGAAGUGGAUCUAAAUCUUGAGAACUAUGAAGAACUUUUUGGUAUGGCCCUCAGUCAUUCCGAAGAGCUAUUUGAAAACGGUGGAAUUGAUAGUUUAUUUGGGACAAAGGACAUGUCUGCCGGAGAUUCCAGUUGUCAGGAUGCUAUUGCUGCCGAGGGGUCAUCGGUUGGACUGGUCAAUGCAACACAACCAGCUUGCAGCAACGCAGCAUCUGCAGAUUCCAUUUUGAGUACUAAAACCGAACCGAUUCUUUGUUUCACGGGGAGGCAAGCACAAUCAAACCUUUCUUUUUCUGGCAUUACCGGAGAAAGUAGUGCUGCAGACUAUCAAGACUGUGGGGCUUCUUCCAUGCUUCUCAUGGGAGAACCUCCUUGGUUUGCUCCUUGUCCUGAGAAUUCCUUACAAUCUGCCAACCGCAGCAAUGCUGUCUUGCGUUACAAGGAAAAGAAGAAGGCACGAAAGUUUGAAAAACAAGUGCGGUAUGCCUCACGCAAGGCAAGGGCCGACGUGAGAAGGCGUGUGAAGGGCCGGUUUGUGAAAGCCGGCGACGUCUACGACUAUGACCCUUUGAGCACAACCAGAAGCUGCUGAGAGUACAACUUUUAACCAUGUUUUAUAAAAGGGAACAGUCAUAUAGUUUGCAAAAGAAAAACAGCUUCCUGAAAAAAAUGGAUGAAAUUUGAUGCAUUCUUUGUCCCUGCAAUGACAAGCUGUCUGAUUUUAUAACAGGAGGGGGGUCUUGAUGUUCUUCAAUGAGGAAAAUGGCUCUGUGUUCUCCAACUGUGUAAGCUCUCUUUCCUUCACUGUGAAGGAUGUUAUCACAAAGUGCUUGAACUAGGCAAUUUCUGCUGCAUGAUUCUUUUCCAAGAAUUCAAAAGCCUUCUAAUCUAAGUUCUUUGGCACUAACCAUACUUGAAUGUUUGUGAUGUGAUGAUGUAAACUUCCCUAUGCUAUAGUCACAUAUACAAGUGCCUGAGAUGGCAUCUUAAGUGGCUCAAUUCAACAGUUCCAUAUAAACAAAUUAGCAAGAUUGUAAAUUGUAAUAUUUGGCCUCUUGGCAUUGACAUGUGUAUAGCACACAUUUUAGAUGUAUAAUUUUGUCAACUCUUUUCAUGUAAUUAGACAAAAUUUGUAUAUUCAAUGUCCCAUGUAUAGAUUAGGAUACUAUGCAUUUUGAUGGCAGCUUAUAUUCUAUUCAACAUGUACCAAUACAUCAUUUCUUUCUGACUUGCUAUACUAAUUUACGCAGUAGUUUGGACAAGUUUCUUUAUUUUAUG